AGCAGACAAAGAGAAUAUUCAACUAAAACAUGGAUUCAAAACCCCAUGUUGUUAUCAUUCCAUUUCCAGCUCAAAGCCAUCUAAACAGCCUCAUGAAAGUAGCCAAAGUGCUUCAUUCGAAAGGCUUUUACAUAACAUACGUGAACACAGAGUACAACCACAGACGCUUGCUCAAUUCUAGGGGUCCUCAAGCUCUUGAUGGGCUCUCAGAUUUUCACUUUGAAACCAUCCCUGAUGGUCUUCCUCCAAGUGACGCUAAUGCCUCCCAACAUUUGCCUUCUCUUUGUGAAUCUACAGCAAAGAAUUGCCUGCUUCCUUUUAUCAAGCUUCUUGGGAGACUUCAUGAGCAUGCCUCUAAUUGCCUUGUUCCACCAGUUAGUUGCUUGAUUUCUGAUAUUGCCAUGACCUUUACAGUGAAAGCUGCUCAAGAAUUUGGACUUCCUAUUGCUAUAUAUAGCCCCGUUAGUGCAAUUUCCAUUUUGGGCAUGUGGCAUUGCCGUACUCUUCUUGAUAAGGGCAUUGUUCCCUUGAAAGAUGAGAGUUAUCUGACAAAUGGAUACCUGGAUACUGAAUUAAACUGGCUUCCAGGCAUGAAAAACAUCAGAUUGAGAGAUCUUCCUAGCUUUUUAAGUUCUCUAGACCCAAAUGAUCACAUCAUUCUGAACUUUGUUAUCAACAUGCUACCAACUGCCCAAACUGCUGAUGCCAUCAUUUUCAAUACAUUCAGUGAGUUGGAGAGUGAGGCACUGGACACUCUUUCCUCUAUCUUUCCUCCUCUUUUUACCAUAGGCCCUGUCCCUUUGCUUCUCGCUCAAACUCAGCAAAACCAGCAAUUGGAAUCCAUUGGUUCCAAUCUCUGGGAUGAAGAGACCCGAUGCAUCGAUUGGCUUGAAUCCAGGAAACCCAAAUCUGUAAUCUAUGUGAAUUUUGGAAGCAUCACGGUCAUAACAUUAGAACAACUAUACGAAUUUGGUUGGGGUUUAGCCAAUAGCAAGAAACCUUUUUUGUGGAUCAUAAGGCCUGACUUAGUCGAUGGUGGGUCAUUAAUUCUUUCACCUGAGUUUCUAAGUGAGACCAAAGAUAGAUGUCUCAUAGCUAGCUGGUGUGAACAAGAGAAAGUGUUAAACCACCCUUCGAUAGGAGGGUUUUUGACUCAUUGUGGCUGGAACUCCAUGACAGAGAGCAUGUGUUCAGGAAUUCCAAUGGCUUGUUGGCCUUUCCUUGGAGACCAACAGACUAAUUGUAGGUAUGCUUGCAUCCAAUGGGGAGUUGGGGUUGAGCUUGAUAAGAAUGUGAAGAGAGAAAUGGUGGAAAGGGUCAUCAAUGAGUUGAUGGAAGGGAACAAAGCGAUGGAGAUGAAACACAAGGUCUUGCAGUGGCAGAAAAUUGCAAAGGAAUCCACAUCACCUCAUGGUUCUUCCUACACCAACUUGGAGAAAUUGGUCAACCAUGUCCUGGUCAAAAGGAAAAUUUGAGGUUCUACAUGGGGGAAAAAAAUAAUUUUAUGAGAUCCUGAAAUCUUAUUGUUAUUUUGUUUUCCUGCGUAUAUGUCUCUAAACUCUUCAGGGGUAGAACUUUUUAUUAUCUGCUACAGCACAAUAUGGAGAGCUUUAUUUAGAAUAACUACACAGCUAUAAGUGUGGACAGCUUUAUCAGACUUCAUAUAUAGUAUUAGGUUUGAUUUCAAUCGUAUCUUUGAUGUGGCUUGUAAGUCAUCUUUAUAGUUAUAUCUUGUAAUAUUUUAAUUCGGUAAUUGCUUAUCCCUCCUCUGCAUAAGCGUAAACCUCUUGAAUUAUAUGCAAUUUUAUGCAUCAA